AUGGUGAGCUCCCCCUCCCAGGUCCUCUACGUCCUUCUGUUUUCUUCCUCGCUGCCUUCUUCGAAGUUUUGUCGCCCUCCUCAAAUCUUCCGGCUCUGUUUUUCCUCGCGCGACGAUCUGCGCAGGGCUCUGUCCUCGGCUUGUGAUCAAUUCAAUUUUGGCUCUUAAUUUUGUUGAUUAUGAAAAUCGUGUCCAGGUUCUCCCCAACGAUAUCGACCUGCUGCACCCACCGCAGGAGCUCGAGAAGAGGCGACACAAGUUCAAGCGCCUCGUCCAGUCGCCGAAUUCCUUCUUCAUGGUAUGAAGAUUAAUCUGAUAUGCCGCGCGAAUAGGACGUUACAGAUGUCUCUGUUAAUGGACUUCUCGAUCUUUCGAUCAUUUCGGUUUGUAAUUUUUAGCGAAUCUGAGCCUUAUUUUUUCUUUGUCAUUCCUCUUUUUCUUCAUCGCUUCCUAGGAUGUCAAGUGCCAGGGUUGCUUCACCAUGUGAGUUUUCCUACUUCCGACUCACUUCUGUCUUUCCUCGUUUUCAAAAUUCGAAUAUCUUCGAUUCCUACUUUGCCGAAUCUUACUCCGAGCUACCCUCGUCUUCGGCGGUGGAUCGUUCUCGUUAAUGAUGCAGAACCACCGUCUUCAGCCACUCGCGGACGGUGGUAGUGUGCGGAGGUUGCCAGACCAUCCUGUGCCAGCCCACCGGUGGCAAGGCCAGGCUCACCGAGGGCUGUUCCUUCAGAAAGAAGGGAGACUAG